GGCACAAUAAUAGUGUAUGAUUAGGCUUCAUAAAACUAAGCAGAAAACAAUCUUGUUUGUUGACAAAAUGAGAGACUGAAGGAGAAGCCGAUUAUGCAAUCUCUCUUCUUUGAAAUAGAGAGAGCCAAGGAGGGCGUAAAAGAGCAGACGGUGGCGCACCGUAGCACCGCCUCUCCUUAACUUACGCCUUUCUUUCUCUUCCGAUUUCGGAUUAUUCCUCUUCUCCUCUCUGAGUUCGCUUCGAUCCCACGCCAUAACUUUCCCGUUUUGAUUCUUCCCACAAACAAAAAAAGUUAUUACUUUUCAAUAUCGGAUUUGUCUACACCGUCAGAUGCAUCAUUCACUCUCUAAAUCUCUCACAACGGUGAAUUCAGAAAAACUGUGGCGGACAUCAAAGGAACCCUACCUUCCCGAUCGGUGGUUCGAAUUGCAAAUCCAAGAAGAAGAAACGGAGAGGUGAGAUGGUGUGGAUCAUGAGAUUCUCCGGUUUAUUCUCGGCUCUUUCGGUUAUCAUCGUCCUCUCUCCUUCUCACCAAUCAUUUCCUCCAGCCGAAGCCAUCAGAUCCUCUCAACUCAACUCCUACUUCAAAAGAGCCCCUCUGUUCCACAAUGCCGCUCACUGCUCCUCCGCCGACAUCGAUCCCAACGUCUGCAACCCUUCCUUAGUCCACGUCGCGAUUACUCUCGAUCUCGACUACCUCCGCGGCUCAAUCGCCGCCGUUCACUCGAUCCUCCAACAUUCGUCGUGUCCAAAGAGCGUCUUCUUCCAUUUCAUCGUCUCCGAGACUGACCUAGAAUCAUUAGUUCGUUCUAGCUUCCCCGAUUUGAGAUUCAAGGUUUACUAUUUCGAUCCGGAGAUUGUACGUGCCUUUAUCUCAUCCUCCGUGAGGCAAGCACUCGAGCAGCCAUUGAAUUACGCUAGAAACUACUUAGCUGAUCUCUUAGAGCCCUGCGUGCGGCGCGUGAUCUACCUUGAUUCCGAUCUAAUCGUCGUCGAUGAUAUCGCGAAGCUUUGGAAGACGAGAUUAGGAUCGAAAACGAUCGGAGCUCCGGAGUACUGCCACGCGAACUUCACAAAGUACUUCACGCCGGCGUUCUGGUCGGAUUCGAGGUUUUCCGGGGCGUUUCGGGGGAGGAACGCGUGUUACUUCAACACGGGAGUGAUGGUGAUGGAUCUUGAGAGGUGGAGGAGGGUAGGGUAUACGGAGGUGAUAGAGAAAUGGAUGGAGAUUCAGAAGAGUGAUAGGAUUUACGAGCUGGGAUCUUUGCCUCCGUUCUUGCUUGUUUUCGCCGGAGAAGUAGCGCCGAUUGAGCAUCGGUGGAACCAGCAUGGUCUCGGUGGAGAUAACGUGAGGGGGAGCUGUAGAGAUUUGCAUCCCGGUCCGGUUAGCUUGUUGCAUUGGUCUGGGAGUGGUAAACCGUGGUUCCGGUUAGAUUCGAGACGGCCUUGUCCACUUGAUUCUCUUUGGGCACCUUAUGAUUUGUAUGGACACUCACGCUAG